AUGGCAAAUCUAGGCUGGAAAGAAACCUUUCCGGAAACGAUGAUCCAACACCUAAUAAGGUACAAAUCAGAUCAUUGCCCAAUCCUUCUAGACUUGUAUGGGGAAUCCAAGAGAAGGAAAAAUAGCCAACAUAGGUUCAGGUUCGAGGAGCUGUGGCUGAUAAAUGAGGAUUGCGAUCGAAUCGUGGAAGAAGCUUGGAAUGAGAGAACAGGAACCGUAAAAGAAAAAAUAAAACUUUGUGGUGAGAGACUGGACAGCUGGGUUCAAAGGAAUUUUGGUGACAUUCCAAAAAGAAUUAAGAAGGCCGAAAAGGCUCUAAAACAGCUGAAUAGCCUCCCUCAAAAUGAAGAGACACUGUGGAGAACAAAAAUGGAGGAAGAAGAGCUGGAUGAUCUCAUAAGGAUGGAAGAAAUAUGGUGGAGCCAAAGGUCAAGAGCAAACUGGGUAGCAUAUGGGGACAAAAACACCAAAUUUUACCACCAUAAAGCCUCACAAUGA